AUGAUGCACCCAGCGAGACAGGCUUAUGUGGAGGAGGCAGAGGAGAUGGAUACGGGCAUCAAUCUAGCUGAUUUGCCUAUUGACCGCGAUUAUGUGAUACCCUCAUCCGCCGCCGGUAUCCCGGCAGAGAAGGCAUCCGCCAUUAUCUCGCAGUUCGAGCGCAAACGAAGAGCCGCUGCCAUGGCGGUGCCGACUGACGAUACGCGAGUCCGCGCACGAUUGCGAGAGCUUGGAGAGCCCAUAACACUGUUCGGCGAGGGGCCAGCUGACCGGAGAGAUCGAUUGCGGGAACUUUUAACGGACAUUGCGGAGAAGCAAGAAGCGGCGGAGGAGGAUAUCGAAAUGGCAGAGGCGGCCGCAGAGGAGGAUGAGGGAGAACAGCAAGAGGAGUUUUAUACAGAAGGAUCUGACGAGCUGUUGAAUGCACGAAAGGCUAUGGCUCGGUUUUCCUUGCCGCGUGCCAAAGCCCGCGUUGCGCGACAGCGAGAGGAAUCGACAAUACCUCUACGAACACACAUUAAGCAUCGGAAGGCGAUCAAGGAAAAACUGCAUAACUUCGAUCUUUACGGGUCCCAGAUUGCGGGCGAUCGGCCAGUUAGUAUUUGUCGGUUUGCGCCGGACGGACAGACAAUCGCGACUGGCAAUUGGGGCGGCGGUAUUCGACUGCUGAGCGUGCCGAAUCUGGAGGAGAAGCUUUCCAUCAAGGGUCAUACUGAUCGAGUUGGUGGUCUGUCUUGGUUUCCGGGAGCUACGCUUCCGGAGUCGAACGUAUCUCGAUCAGCAGUUAAUCUGGUCUCCGGAGGAGGAGAGGGUAAUGUGUGUCUAUGGUCGCUUGACAAGGAUCAACCACUCGCUACGCUGGAAGGCCACUCUGGCCGUGUGUGCCGGACAGAGUUCCAUCCAUCUGGGAAGUACAUCGCAUCAGCAUCUUACGAUACAACAUGGCGAUUAUGGGACGUCGAGACGACAGCGGAGCUGCAAUUACAGGAGGGCCACUCGCGAGAAGUUUACACCGUUGCAUUUAACAAUGACGGAUCACUUCUGGCGAGUGGUGGCUUGGAUAGUAUCGGACGCGUCUGGGAUCUCCGGACAGGCCGCACGGUCAUGAUCUUGGAAGGACAUAUCAGGGAGAUAUUUGGCCUAGACUGGGGAGUGGACGGGUACCGAGUACUCUCUGGGUCAGGUGAUGGCUGGGUGAAAUGCUGGGACUUGCGUCAAGUGAAGAACACCGGUGGUAUUGGUGCACACAAGAGCGUCGUCUCAGAUGUCCGAUGGUACAAAGGAACCGAGUCGGAGUCUGAUUCCUUUUUGCCAUCAACGGAAGGACAGGCCGGGCGCAUGGACGUAGACGGCGCGGUGGCUCCCAUACAGCCCAGGAAAUCAGGGACAUUCUUCGUGAGCAGUGGGUUUGACAAGAACGUGAAUGUCUUUAGCGCAGAUGACUGGUCUCUUAUCAAGACAUUGAGCGGGCACUCCGGGAAUGUGCUGAGUACUGAUAUCAGCAACAAUGCGCAGUGGAUCGCUAGCUGCGGGCAUGACCGUACAGUGAAGCUCUGGGGGAUUGAAUAG